CACACUUGACAAAAACAAACGAUACCCGAAAUACCACCACGCCUCGGCCCUCUCUCACGUGGAAUACUACCUUGGUAUUUCCUAACGUCAAACACAUACCAAUUGUUAAUCCUUAGCCGGAUCCUCGGAGGGACACAAUCCUCAGUCCUCAGCUUCCUCGUCGGAUUUCUACUCCCAUGUCGACGUCUCAUUGCCCACUAUGACCACUCCGGUCCUUACCAUGUAUGAGACAUACCACAACUCGAGGAAUGUCAUCCCGCAGGUUACCUAGCAACUCCCAUCGGAAUGUGUUCCCAUCGCUGCCAUGCCAUGUGCGAGUCUGCGAGACACUUGACUAUAAUACAAUACCCUACCCCUCCACUUCCAUUCAUGAUCGAAUGGACUUGAGGUUUAGAAAUCAGCACUGAACACUUUCCCAUCAUAUCAUUGUCACCCUCUCGCCAUGCCUUUCACUACCACUAUUACUGUCUUUCUCGGUCUUCUGGCGGCUGUGGAAGGCUCCUCUGGAGGGACUGCUCGGAGCCAAGCUGGGUCAAGUUUGGGCUUGGCUCGCGCUUGGGACGAGGCUCCAUUGGCUGGCAUCGACCCCAAUACUCAUCAUAACAGCAUCGAGAACGAUGUGUUGCGCAGGCUUCACAGCGACGACCGCCCUAUCCACUCAGGCCGUCUGGUUACACGGGCUGAGAUCUCGGUGUCCGAAGCAGAUUUUCUGCAGCUUAUUGGCGACGUGGAAGACAUCCGCGAUCGACUUUUCGAGAUGCUCAACACGGGUCGAGCUCCCGGCGCGGGUUCCAGCGAGGGUCCAGACGUCGGCUCGCCACCCACAGAUGAUCAAAAUCUCCCGGGAGGCGGCUGGCCACAACUCGAUGAUCCGCCGCGUGACGGGCUCACAGCAACAGCUGAAGAGACGCCCGCGUCCAGCCCCCCACCUCCGUCACAAACCUCGAGUGCUCAAGACCUCACCGUCCUGCUACCAAGUGUGAGUCCCACCCCGACCCCUCAGUUGCUAACCACGACUAUGCCAGAUCCUCCCGGCCCCAUCGAGGCAGAACCUACAAGCUCGAUCGGUGCAGUGACAGUGACGGCAGUGACUGUGCCGACGGGCGACCCAUUCGACAACGACACGGACGGAGACGAGUUUGGUGAAGAGUUGACUACCGUGGUGGCAACAAUGACAUCCGACAUCGACUGCACAGCUACCAUCACGCACACCUUCACCGAGUUUCUCUACAACGGACCGUCCACACUUGCAACGUCUCUGCGUGUACUAAGCGAGUCGUUCGACGGCGACGGCGACGGUGCGUCCUCGACGGAAAGCGUGGCCGUGACCGAGUUCCCGGAAGACGACAACCUGGUGCCGUUCGACUUUGGCGACGAACGCGAGCCAGGGCGGCCGAUCGCUUCCUCGACGGCCCUCGAGGAUCUCUGGGAGGCAGCGGCCCCGACCAUUACAGAGCCGCCGCCUACCUCGAGCGAGACCACCGACCUCCUGGGAGAUCAAGUGCAGAGUGUUGAGGAGCUCCCCGAGCCGAGCGGGAGCCAGGAGUCGCCGCCGGCCCUUGACCAGGACGGCAAUGGCCCGCCGGAAGAAACCCCGUCGCUUAUGACGUUGCGGCUCCCCGGAGAAGGAUCGACUUCUAUCGUUUGGCGGACGAUUUCUUUGCCCGUUCCGCAGAAUCAGAAUCGGGUGGCAUGGUAGGUACCGGGCACAUCCGAGAUUGAGAGUGCCUUGGGCCGCCAACCAGAAGGGCAACAGCUAAUCGAGGCGUGCGUCCGUGCAGACGGCGAUGAGUUCAGGGCAACGAAAUUGAAGGAGUAACGAGACAAAAGGAUGGAAGCAGGGGA